GUUGCCUUUGAGCUGCUGAACGAACCGAACCUGCACCUCCGCCGCUGUCUCUGCUGCUGCUGCACUGUCUGUACUGCUGCUUGUUGCGGGUGGGAGGGGCUAUCACACCAAAUAGAAACGUAACACAAAACAUGAACUGGUCUUAUCAGUAGGCCUCCCCCCGAAAAAAAAACCCGACACGACACGAAACCGCACGAGCUUCGCCUCCCCCGUCAGUGCUCAUUGAGGCGUCGGCGUCGACAGCAGCGCACCUGAGCAGAGCACAAAGCAAAGCAAAGCAGAGCCGAGCCGAGCAGCAGCUUCUCCCCCAGCUAUUUCUGUGGGGCGCAAACGCGGCGCGAGUUCAAAACGCCAACGACUGGAGCUAGAGUAACAGACAACCAGACUGGAGAACAUCGUCAUUGUCCUCGAGCGAACAUUAAGAACUACACUCGACAUAGAACAUUAAGAAUUGAAUUGGAAUUUGAAUUCGAAUUUGCAUUUGAAUUUGCAAAGUGAAUGUGUACAAAGUGAAUGUGAAUGUGCGCGAGCAGGUCGUGUGAAACAUGAGCAUUUGAGCAGCCUUAGCGCCCAACCCAAAGUUAACAGAAAACCAAAUAAAAACCCAAAUACCAAAGCAAAUAAUAAACAUAAAUCAACAUGAAUAAAUUCACAAAUACACAAAUGUGCAUCACAUUGAUCCUCAGCUCUAUUCUGCUGCUACUUCAACACGCAAAUGGUGCCACAGUGGAGGAGAUGGAGGACUGCCCGUCCUUGGCCAAUGCCACAUAUAUGCAGCACUCCCAGCUGAUACAGACACUAACCCAUGUCUGUCGCUACGAUCGGCUGGAGAGGCCCAUUGAAUACGACACCGAUGGGAAACGGCAGCCCAUUGUGGUGAAGACGCGCAUCUACGUGUACUUCCUGCAGAAUCUGAACUCCGAUCUGCUGCAGUUCAAGAUGCAUGCGCUGCUGCAGCUGCGCUUCCAGGACAAGCGAUUGGCCUACAAGGGCUUCCAGCGGGAUGACAAUAUUCUGGGGCAGAAGCACCUCAGCGAGCGGCUGUGGCUGCCGCACAUUUUCUUUGCCAAUGAGCGCGAGUCCAGCAUUCUGGGCACGGACGAGAAGGAUGUGCUGACCUCGCUGUCGCCAGAGGGCAAUGUCAUACUGUCCACGCGCAUGCAGGCCUCACUGUACUGCUGGAUGAACUUCAAGAAGUUCCCGUUCGAUCAGCAGCUCUGCUCCACUGUUUUAGAGAGCUGGAUGUACAAUACCUCGGAUCUGGUGCUGGAGUGGGAGGAGAGUUCACCCAUCUCCUUUGAUCCGGAAAUGCGGCUCACAGAGUACAACAUGGACAAGUAUUGGCACAACACAACCAUUGUGCACUCGGAUGAAAUUAAUCUGCGUCACGGCGCAUUUUUGGGUGACUACAGUUCGCUGAGUUUCACUGUGAAUUUGAGGCGUGAAAUUGGUUUCUAUUUGCUGGACUACUAUCUGCCAUCCAUGAUGAUUGUCGCCAUUUCGUGGGUGUCCUUUUGGCUGCAGGCGGACGCAUCUCCCCCACGCAUUAUGUUGGGCACCAGCACCAUGUUGUCGUUCAUCACAUUGUCAUCGUCGCAGAGUAAAAACCUGCCCAAGGUUAGCUACAUCAAGGUCUCUGAGGUGUGGUUCCUCGGCUGCACCUUCUUCAUUUUUGGCAGCCUCGUGGAGUUCGCCUUUGUCAACACGAUUUGGCGUCGCAAGGAGAACAUUGAGCUGAAGAAGGUCAACAGCAAGUACAUCAUCAAGUCCACGCUCACGCCACGCCCAUCGCGACGGCAGAUAGGCGGCAGCCUCAGCAACGAUUCGAGAGCGAGAUCAUGCUCCAGCCUGGACAACAUCGUGUCCAGCACAGAGAGCGUGCGCAAUGGCAAUGGCAAUGUGAAUCAUGGCUACAACAAUUAUCUAACAGUUCAUCCAAAUCUGCCCAUCAUUAAGACCGAGUGUGCCGACACCGUGUCCAUCUCCAGUGAGCGCAUGAGCAACGAGCACAUCAUUGACAUCGACAAGGAGAAGAAGGAGACGCCGCCCACGUUUACAACCAUGACACCGCAGGAGAUUGCCAUGUGGAUAGAUCGGCGAUCGCGUUUCCUCUUUCCAGUUAUGUUUCUGGCCUUCAAUGCGCUCUAUUGGACCUUUGUCUAUGUUUUAUAAAAGAGAGAGAGAGAGAGAGAGAGAGAGAGCGAGAGAACGCGAGAAAGAAUAUUGUUACUGUACAUAUACAACGCAAUUAAUUGUUGCCAUAUAAAAUGUGAAAUCUUGUCUGUUUGUGUUGCUCUUUUUUACGCAAAUAAUUAUAGUAAUUAAGUUGUAAGAUGCAUCAUCUCAUAGUUGUACAAAUGUUGAUCAUAAAUAUAUACAUAUGCUUUACUCUAUA